CCGCUCUAUUUCGGAUUGUGUGAGACGAACCGGUUCAACUCCACCUCACCGCACUCACUUGCACAAAUAAGCUGACGUCAUAACUCAUAAGCUAAAGUGCGCCGUAGACGAAUUGGCUCACAAGUCUCCCACCGUGCUCAUCCCGAUCUGUAGAGAACAUGGCCGUCCGAGCAACGGUGUCACGUUUCCCGAUCGAUUCAGACGCUCUAGAGGCAUCAGGACUCCCAUGGGGACUAACAGUGACUCCAUUCGCGGCCCAAGACGAGAACGGCAUCGCGCCGGCGCGCGGAUCCAACGGCCACCUUCUUCCUCGCUGCGAAAACUGCUACGCGUACUUCAACACUUACUGCGAGCUCGAUCAGUGGGCUUGGAACUGCUCGCUUUGCGGCACUCUCAACGGACUCCCUUCCGAUGCGAUCGCUCGUUACUCUAAUCCUCACUCUAUCCCCGAAAUGAGCUCCUCCUUCAUUGAUCUCGAGUUGCCUUUGGAUGGAUCGGAGGAAGAGAUGACUCAAGCUAGGCCUGUCUAUGUUGCGGCGAUUGAUCUCUCGUGUAAGCCUUCUUCCCUCUCGAUUCUGUUGGUUGGUCUAGAAUCUAGAUUGUAGUUGAAUUGCGCCUUGGUGAAUUUUUGCAUUGUGGUUUUUGAAAUCAAUGUGUGUUUUGUCAACAAUCUUGAUUGAAUGUGCUCUGGAUCGGUGAUUCUAGCUUGAAUUUGUAUGUUUUCUGUUGUUCUAAUGG